GAAACUGCUUGUCUGAAGGACCAAAAUUGUGGCUUCGUCAAAGGCGAGGGGUCUGAGAACCCCGACCGGUGCGUUUUGAAAAGGUUCGCGCCUUUUGAACGGCCUUACCCGUGUCGGGAACACCAUACUGCGGAGGCGUGCGGAAAAGAGCCUCAGUGCUUCUGGGAAAACUUGUGGAAGGAAGAGCCUGAAGGUAUUGCUAUUCAAGUUCAAGUAGUGAAACCCUGAUGAAGAUUCGCGGUCAGUAAACCUAAAGAAAAUCGUAUCUAUUCGCACCUUAUUUUUCAUCACGGAAAACAAAUCAUUCCCUUCCCAUCAGUUCCACCGCUUCGCUUCCCGCCCUCCUUCCGGUCGGGGCUGGAGGAGCUGGGGUUAAUCGACGCUGAGUCCGAUUUGAACAAUCCGCCGAAGAUGGUGCAUUUCGGGAAGUGCGACGUGGAACACUUUUCCCCCUCCGUCGUUGUACCACCCCCGGCGCCCCCUCCGGCAGGGGACGGAACAGGAUCUACCGAAGGAUCUUCUUAUAAAAACGCCGACAAAGGAGCCGAGGCUGCUGUAUCGACUGACGCGACUGCAGCGGCGGGCGGGGCGGAACAGACGAC